CUUGGCAACUUCACUCCCUCAUGCGCUUUUGGGUUUCGCCCUUUCUCUCCCACACUCUCUCACAAUUUAAUGCUUAACGAGAAGACGCUUACAUGACCAGGGACCUUGCCAGUGCAUUCUGUCUGCAAUUUGCGUGGCUAGAGGACGAGUGCUUUUGACCAUGGACAACGACGUCUCCGAACUAGUCGAAAGGCUAGGAAGCGAUGAGGAUGCGGUGCGCAAAAUGGCCGUAUUCAAGCUGCAGAACAGCAUUGGUGAUCCUUCAUUCGCAGAUACUUUCAUCGCAGAAGAUGGACUAACCCGACUGCGCUAUCUGACGUUACAUGCGAGCGGAAACACAUUGGCGUACAGCUUAACCAGCUUCGCAAGGUUGUUGGAAGUUGAUAAGGGAUGGGAAUGUGUGGACCAGGAACUUGUUGAGAGAAUCGUUGAGCUGAUAGUGAUGCAUCCCUUGGUCAACAUCCUACGAGGUGCCAUGUCUAUUCUGGUGUCCAUCGUAUCUCAUCCCUACACCGGUGGCGGUCGUCUGUCGCAAAAUGGUACUUUCGGAUUUCGCGCCCUAAAGCCUGCCAUUGCUAUUUAUCCACAGUUUUUGGAAAUGCUUGUCAGCCGACUCUCUUCCGCAGAUCACGCUCUGUGCGCCAAUGCUCUUCAAUUGAUAAACUCCCUAAUGCGCGAUUCAAUCACAAAUGAUUCGGAGCUGGAAUGGCCGAAAUUUAUCCAGAAACUUCAGGAUCUGGGGGUUAUCAAAGCAGUUUAUUCUCUUAUGCAGGGCACCGCACUACAGGAUCAUGCACAUCCGCUAAUUGAAUUUCAGUCCCUUACCAAGGUUCUCUUGAGGAAAUGGCGCGAUAUUCCCCUAGACCUGGAAAAGCCUGAGCAUCGAAGGGCAUUGAAGGGCAUUCACCUAGCGAGCACUAAUGACAAAGGAGCUGAGGCCAGCAAUGACGUACGGCGAUCGAAAAAGCACAACCCGGAGAAGUGGAGGCGACUUGGGUUCGAAACAGAGAGCCCUGUGGUACAGUUCGAAGACAUGGGAUUUCUGGGAAUGAUGGAUUUAGCGGAUUUUGUCAGGAACCAUCAAGAUGCAUUUCAGAAGAUGCUUCUGGAGCAAUCUACAAAGCCAACGCUGCAGCGCUGCCCAAUUGCCCGCGCGUCCUUGUCCGUCACAUCAAUUAUAUACGACCAUUUCGAGGUCGAUAAAUCGGAGGUCGAAGACACCAAAAGCUAUUUGCUAUUAGAAUCUCGGUCUAAUCUGGACAAGAUAUUCAAGCCGCUUCUUUUACACUGGACUCGAUUACAUGUUGCUGGUUUGCAUGCAUUCUUUCGUCUAUGGAAAGCUACAGGAGCUGAACUAGAAGAUUACGACAAGAUCGUUGAGCUGGUGCGCAUUCUCAUUGAAUCGGUCGUUGGGGGUGCCGCAAGAACGAAGGACGUGCAAGAUGUCGAAGAAGAGUUAAGCGAUUUUGAAUAUAGCCGGCUUCGUAGUCUACAAAUGGAGUUGCUGGAGCUUACGUACGAGGACGUUUGGGGGCAGCAUUUGCGACAAGUACGAGAAGAAUUGCAGCAUGAAGCCUUGCAGUUUGUCAAGGAGCAGAGAAUCCGGUGCCUACUACAGGGUGCUUGGUUCCCCAACGAGAGUGCGCCCAUAGUGGAUGGAAGCUCCAAAUGGAAGUUUAUCCAGCUUUCACAUAAUCGAAGAUUCCUACACUUUGGGGAUUUUGAGUCCGCAGACAUGAAGCGCCCAGAGCUCGACGUGCUUCCUGGGAAAAUUGAUCUAUCCAUCGUGUCUUCAGUGGUUUCCAAUGUAUCGGCGCCUCCCGAUGACUCGUCCGCUUCAACCGUCAAGAGCAUGACCCAACACGUUUCAUCUACAAAAAUUACGAUUCACGGCUACGCCCAUUCGUCCCCAAUUUCAAGUGACGGCCAUAAGAGUAAUGGUCAUAUCCGAUCCGCCAGCCGAACAACCCAAAGGGAGGUUGUUCUUUUAAGUCUUCGUCCUCAAUCUCCAAGCAUUGCAUCGGAGUGGCUUGAUGGUCUACUCAUGCUUCUCAACCAGCAACCCAUCACAGCAGAAACCAGCAAGUUGAUCAACCUGAUCAGUAACUACGGGCUUAAGAUCCGUUUGUUGAAUGUUCGAUUUGACGACGCAGUAUUCGCAGGGGAGGCCCCCGCUGUUCCCUCACGAGAUGGACUCACUGAUGACUAUUAUUAUGAUGUGUUUGGAGGUUCUUAGAAUACUAAUGUCUCUCAAUGCUGGUGACCCCAGAUAAGAAGAUAAAGCGCUGAUUGCACAUAUGCCCUCAGUGUCUGUACUUUUAUCAUUUGUAUAUUCUUCGGAACCUUUUAUGUCAACUAUAACGGCACUUUAAUUCACCAUGAAAGCUUACAGUUCGUUCCUGGGGAAUUUCCUGGAACAGCUUACAUGGGGCUACGAGCACUUCGAAUUAUAAUUCAGGAUGCUUUUUAUUCAUUGCCCUAGGGUCGCCGAGUAAUUAUUUCAGCUGGUAUAUAGUCUCCCAGUUGGGUUCGAAUAACUAUAUAUUUACAACCCCC